AUGAAUGUGAAGGUGCCUAAGGAAGCCAGCCCUACUAAUAUGCCAAGUGGAGCUCCGUGCCCGGAGGAGGAAAUACACCUGAAAGUCGAUUCAGGUUUGCAAGUUCUUUGCUUGCUUUUGAAGUUGUCAUCUAAUCUAAAUAUUCCUUUGGUGGGAAAAAUUACGAAACCCAUUAACAUGACAGUAAAUUUGCCUUGGGCGACUGCAAAAAGUCUACCUGAGAUGUCUAGAAUGGCAACAAACCUCAACGAAGGCCUUAAAUCUGAAUGUGAUGUUUUGGGAGAGGACAUAACAAAUCCCAUUGUAGAGGAAAUAAUGAUUCCUUCAGUGUCAACCCUUUGUAAUGUUGGAGUGGAAUUUUGUCUCUCCAAUGGUGAUAUUAGCAGCAUUAAGUUUGACAAGAAGAAGAAGAAGUUUUACCUCCCUCACCUCAAAUUGAAUGUCAACUCUGAAGUAAUCACUAGAAACUUGGUUGCAUUCGAAGCUUCGAUAUCAAACUUCCUUGUUCUUGGACGAUACACUGAGCUAAUGAAUGGGAUAAUCGAUACCGCUGAGGACGCAAAAUUGCUUAAGAAAAAGGGAAUCAUCGAAUACAGUCUAAAAACUGAUGCUGAGGUUGCCCAACUCUUUAAUGGGAUAACUAGAUCCAUUCGACCCUCAAAGGUGCCAUAUAUUGAUAUCGCCAUUGAAGAUGUCAACAAGUAUGACUUUGGUACAAGGAAGGUUAAGGUAUAUAUGUGUAUGAAGAAGUAUGUGUAUGGUUCUUGGCAGAUUCUUACUCUUCUUGCUGCUGUUUUGGUCGUGUUGCUAAUGGGUAUGCAGUCAUUUUGCUCAGUUUAUAGUUGCCCACGCUUUUUUAACGUUAGCAAUGAUCUUGGUAAGUGA